AUGAAGGAGAACAUCCGACAGUGCUACCAUCAGCUCACCAACCUGUGCCUCGAACAGGGCGACUACCCGACCGCUGAGAAAUACUUGGCGAGGAGCCGUGAGUUCUGCACAGAACCUCAGGCCGUGUUCGCGACUUGUAUGACCAUCAUCAGAUUGCGAGCUUUGCAGCGUCAGUAUUCUGAUAUUCAGAAUUUCACCAGCAAAGCCCACCACACUCCAUUCAAGGAUGAAGCCAGCCAAUCAAGAAUUUUUGCAUCAUAUGGUCUGUACAACAUGACAACUGGCAAGUACAAAGAUGCCGCCACGAGCUUCUCGCAGGUGAAGCCGCAGGAUCUGGGCAGUUCCUUCUCAGACAUUCUCAGCCCUCAAGAUGUGGCUUUGUACGGAGUGCUUUGUGGCCUGGGCUCACUGGAUCGGGCAGAGGUGCAAAGCAAACUCCUGGAUUCGCCGACCUUCCGAGAAUGCCUGGACAUGGCCCCGCAGCUCCGUGAUCUGGCCAUCGACUUCUGCAGCUGCAGGUAUGCAGCUUGCUUGGCUUCUCUCGACCGCUUGAAGGAGCCACUGUCGCUGGAUGUGCACCUCAGUGGCCAAGUGGCCAACCUUUGUGAACAGAUCCGGAGCAAAGGUAUUGUUCAGUACUUCGCCCCCUUCCUGUCUGUGUCUCUCCACCGCAUGGCGGAAGCCUUCAAUACCGAUGUGGAGUCAAUGCAGAGGGAGGUUGCGAAACUCAUCGGGCAGCGUCAGCUGGAUGCGAAGAUCGAUUCGCAAAGGAAGAUCCUUCAUGCGAGCCACGCAGACCAAAGACGCUCAACGUACAACAAUGCCCUGCGUGUCAGCAAUGACUUUCUGGACAGUACGCACGCUCUCAUCCUGCGCAUGAACUUGUUGAAGCAUGACUUUGGCAUCUACCUGGUUAGACAGAAGAAGUGA